AUGGGUCAAAAUUAUACAGAGAAUCUGAAAAUAGUAUACGAUGGCAUUACUAAUAUGUCUAAAAACAUUGAUAACUUAAUUACUGCUCUGGCAAAACAACAACUUCAAGAAGACGAAAGGAGCAAGACCAAGGUUGUUGAAAAACGUCAACAGAGAGAAGAAGAACGAGUUGUUCGUGGUGGCAAUGGUCCUCCUCCUCCUCCACCUCCACCUGCUGCCAGAGCUAAUACAAUCGAUCUUAAAUUUCCUACCUUUGAUGGAGAGGAUCCUGAUGGGUGGAUUUUUAAUGCUGAUCAAUACUUCAGUGUCACAAUUGUGACUUGGUUGGAGUUUUGUGUUCAUGUUCGUGCGCGUUUUGCACCUGAGAAAUUUGUUGAUGCUCGUCUAGCUAUUAGUACAAUUAAUCAGGUUGAUGACUACUUGAUCAACUUCUUCAUUCGUUCUCUCAAACCACAUAUUGGUAGUGUGGUUAAAUUGCUUGCACCAAAAACUUUGAAUGAAGCUUUUACAAAGGAAAUUCACCAGGAAGAAGCUUAUGCAACAGUUAAUAAGCUUCCUACACGCCAACUUUAUCGUCCCCCUCCACUUCGAGAUGAAGCAUCAACUUCUACUACUCCAAUCAAGAAGCUUACACUUCCUACUGGUUAUAAUAAGUUAUCAAGGGAAGAGAUGAAAGAAAAACGCGAGAAGGGUCUUUGUUUCAAUUGUGAUGCACCAUUUAAAUCUGGACAUAUUUGUCCUGAUAAGCCGGGCUUCUUGCUUUUAGAGAUGGAUCCUCAUUCUCCUGAAGGCAUCACUGAGAUUGAGUAUACCACUGAAAACCACCAAGCGAGUGACGAUCUUGCUGUUUUGGAAUCAACCCCAACUAUCUCUCUUAACUCACUUUUAGGUUCUACAUUUCCUAAUACUAUGAGUAUCACUGGUUAUGCCAAGGCUCGACCUCUCACAAUUCUCAUAGAUUCAGGGUCUACACAUAAUUUCUUGCAUCCUAGCAUAUCCAAGAAAUGUGGCUUUGCAUUUUCGUCUACUGAUCAUGUUUUACGUGUAACUGUGGGUAAUGGUGGUCAUUUAAACACUAAAGUAUUGGGAAUUCAAUGGCUACGCACGUUGGGAGAAAUUGUUUGGGAUUUUGAAAAAUUGACUAUGCAAUUUAGCAUUCAAGACACAGCCGUCAGAUUAACUGGUAACCAAUCAUCAGCUGUAAUGAUUAUGGAUGUUUCUCCCAUGCAACGUUUAUUAUCUACAGAAAACUAUGGAAUUUUAUUGGAACUAGUUGCAUUAAAUACUUCUGCCGCCAAGCAUUUAGAAUUGUUACCUGAAAUUAAACAGCUGCUCUCUACUUUUGGUGACAUUUUUUCUACUCCAACAACACUGCCUCCAGAACGUAUACAAGAUCAUAAAAUUUCCUUACUUCCGGAGACGGGUCCUGUGAAUAAAGGAGGCUCAUGGUGCAUGUGUGUAGACUACCGUGCUCUUAAUAAGAUAACCAUCAAAGAUCGUUACCCAAUUCCAGUAGUGGACGAAUUAUUGGAUGAAUUACAUGGUAAUCAAGUCUUCACCAAGUUAGAUUUACGAUAUGGUUAUCAUCAAAUUCGUGUACAUGACGCAGACAUUCCAAAGACAGCUUUCCGUACACAUGAUGGCCAUAACGAAUUUUCAGUCGUGCCUUUUAGAUUAUCCAAUGCCCCAGCAACAUUCCAUAGUUUAAUGAAUUAUAUAUUCCGGCCUUACUUACGCAAGUUCGUCCUGGUUUUCUUCGAUGAUAUUCUAAUCUACAGUGAGAAUUUUGAUGAUCAUAUCAAACAUCUGGAACUGGUAUUUGAAAUACUGCGAAAUCACAAAUUGUUCGUUAAGGAAUCCAAAUGUACUUUUGCACAAAAGUCUGUUGGUUACCUUGGUCAUUUGAUUUCAUCUGAUGGAGUUUCUGUUGAGUGUUAG